UUAUGUUCGGUAACGGUGAACCUUGGGACAGGAACAGAAAACUGAUCAGAAAGGCUUUAGAGCUGCCAAGUUUCCGGCCUGUACUUGAAGAUGUCAUCAGGCACGAGAUGGACAUGGCUUUCCAGAAUCUUGAGACGUAUGACUGCACCAAGCCCAUUAAAUUAGGGGAGGCGUUUCUUGUGCCGAGUAUAAAUAUUAUCGCGGGGGCCCUGCGGGGGGCCCCUCUGCCCCCUGUGAGUGAGGAAAGAAGGGCUUUGAAAAGUGUUGCACAGGAUAUGAUAGACUGUGACUUUAGGUCACUCUUGACUAAGUUCUCCUUCAAAUGUCCAGUCGCGGCGAAGGUGUUGUCGAAACUACUCUUCACUGAUCUUGUUGACGUCCGCAAUACUCUCAACACCUUACGGGACGAGAUUAGGAAAUGGGUUGAAGAAAUUCGCCUUCUGUCGGCUGCCGAUGAUGGUGCACUAGCGGCUGUGAAAUCUUCCAUCAUUUAUUCGCUAUUAACAGAAUUUGGGUUUACGGAAGUUUCAGAAGAAAAAGAGGCAGAACUUGUGAUGACCUUGAACGACAUGUUCAUUGCUGGAGUGACCACUGUCCAAUCUGCCUUCGAGUUCAUCCUGAUGUACCUCUCCAAGUACCCGGAUGAGCAGAAGAGAGCGCAGGAGGAAGUGGAGCGUGUGGCAGGAAGCGGGGACCUCACCUGGGCCAUGCAGGAGAAGAUGCCGUUUGUCUGGGCGUGUAUACUAGAGGGUCUGAGACUGGCCGUUGUCGUACCCACGUUCAUACCUCACGUUCUGACCCAGGAUAUGAAGGUAGACGAGUACACUCUCCAUAAAGGUACCAUCGGCGCCUUCAGUCUAUGUAGCGUGCACAGGGACGAAAAGUAUUUCACAGAACCGGAGCUAUUCGAUCCCAUGCGCCAUUUGGAGGAUGGAAAAAUUAAACAAAUUCACAGUUAUCGGCCCUACGGGUUCGGCAGGCGGUCAUGUGUUGGGUGGGAUAUGGCCAACAUUGAGCUGUUUCUCAUGACCACUUCCGUUUUAAGGAGCUUCGACUUCUGGUCUGCAGAUAACAUCCCGCCCCAGAACAUGGAGAUGAAGUCGUGCUUCGCCCAGCACCUCAAGAACUUUACAUGCUUUGUCAUCAGGAGGUCUCACCAAUAAAUGUGUAGAGGUGUCACCAAUAGGUGUAGAGGCGUGUCACCAGUGAUGACAUAAGGCUAAAGAUAAUUUAACUGUUUUAUCCAAAUAGAAAAUAAUAGACAUUAAAAUACAAUAACACAAUACACAAUACACCGAUACAAUCUCAAAAAAUAAAGGACUCCCAAGUUAGUAUGUAAAAUUGUUAGAGGUUUGCUUGUCCUUAUGUAUCU